GCGGUGGAUCGACAAGUAAACGGCUCGUUCACGUGUAUGUGUGACACGUCAUUCAGCAGCUCGAGAGCGGAAGUGUUUCCACGGAUCUGCAAUCAGGAAGACAGCGCUACUAAAGUAUUUCAUCAAGAAUGGGGGGGUUCUUUUCCAGCCUCUUCUCGGGCCUGUUUGGCACCAGAGAGAUGAGAAUCCUCAUUUUAGGUUUGGAUGGAGCUGGAAAAACCACCAUAUUGUACAGACUUCAAGUAGGAGAAGUGGUCACCACCAUUCCCACAAUUGGUUUUAACGUGGAAACCGUGACUUACAAGAACUUAAAGUUUCAAGUGUGGGACCUCGGUGGACAGACGAGCAUCAGGCCGUACUGGCGGUGUUAUUACUCCAACACAGACGCAGUGAUUUAUGUGGUGGACAGCAGUGAUCGUGACCGGAUGGGCAUCUCCAAAUCUGAGCUGGUGGCCAUGUUGGAGGAGGAGGAGCUGAAGAAAGCCAUUCUGGUGGUGUUUGCAAACAAGCAGGACAUGGAACAGGCCAUGACGCCUACCGAAGUGGCUAAUGCUCUCGGUUUACCUGCGCUCAAGGACAGGAAGUGGCAGAUCUUCAAGACAUCUGCUACUAAAGGCACAGGCCUGGAUGAAGCAAUGGAAUGGUUGGUCGAGUCACUGAAGAGCCGGCAGUAAAUGCAAAAGUGCAGAAAUGUCUUGUAAAUAGGAACUUCAGAGACUUCUUAUUGGGCGUCCUUUGGACCAAUGACUGCGUUCUUCCUAUUGUGUGAAGACCGUCCUCUUUUACCAUUUAGUACAGAAACGUUGAGCAGCGUUGAAUGGACUCUCCACGAAUGAACUCCCCCUUUUUGCUUCUUGUCUCUACUGAUGCUUGUGUUUUUGGUAAUCUGCAUCCACUACAUUUGUAAUUUCAGAGGUGUUUGCUUUUUAAAUUUAGCCCGAUUCGGAAUAAUCGCUGCAGCUCAGUUUGAUAUUAUGUGGGUAGAUAUUUAAGACUAACUGACUGUCAUUUGUAUGCUUCGGAUUUGUAAUGGCAUAUUUAUAUUUGCACGUGUACAGGGGCACGCACUCCUGCGUUAUGGCUGUGAAAUAAAUAUGCAGUCCACACGUAUUGCAUCAUGCAUAACAUCAAA